GUCCUAUUGCAAAAUAACAGUCUGCAAUAUGCCUAGAAGGAGCAUGCCCAAGGUGCGAUCAGGCUGUAUCACCUGCAAGUACGGAUCAUCCAUGUUUCUCCUGCAAAACUAACAAGCAGCAGACGACGUCGGGUGAAAUGCGAUGAGCAGAUGCCUGAAUGCCUGCGAUGCCUUCGCGCUGAUCGCACGUGUGAGGGAUAUCUUCCAUCCAAAGACCAGAACAGACCUUCCAAAGCCAUCACUGUAUAUAACCUACCAUUCAGGAUCCCCGGAAGCCAGGCCGAUCGACAACGACUGCACUUCUACUGCUGCCAAGCAGCGGAAAGCCUGGCCAGUUACUCAGAUUCAACGCUGUGGACCUCGUUGAUUCUGCAGCGAAGCCAUCAUUACCCGGUAGUCCGUAAUGCGCUGGUGACUCUGAGUACGCUGUACCAAGAUCAUCUGUUGGAUGCAUCUCCUAGUACCCCAUCGCCACAACACAUCCAUCUCAUCGCCAAGUGUCAUCGACAGUUGAGCGUCCAUCUCACCUCUCCUGAUGCGUCAAUCGAGGUCGCUCUGAUAUGCAGUCUGAUCUUCUAUGUCCUGGAGGCUCUUGUCGCAAACACGCACCAGGCAAUAUGGCAUCUGGAUCAGGGUCUCAUUCUCCUUCAGCGAUGUCGGGCAGAUUUGCCUCGUCUCACCUCUGAUGGCAUAUUCACUUCCUUGGUAGAUGUCUUUUCUCGUCUGGAUAUCCAGGCAAGUACGUUCGAUGAUAGUCGAGUCCCGAGAUUAUCGCUAGUGCCGUCCGUUGAAAGAUCAGGCAUUGUUCCUGUUGUACCUGAAGUCUUCAUCAAUUCAUCACACGCUGAAGCCAUCUUGACCAGACUCCAGAAUUGGAUGAUGCACCAUCUGAUAGCUCAUGUCGAUAAUAAGCAUAGGUCGCUAGAAGACUUGCCUCAGGAUCUACUCCACGAGCGACUCAUUCUCGAGGAACAAUUUGAACAGUUCAUAGCGACACUCAAUGAUCUCUUUGAGAGGGACUCCGAUGCUACCAAACACCUUUAUAUCUUACGUAUUCAAGCACUAGUAUUUCACAGCGUACUCUUGGAGAAUAUCCCAUUACCAAAUAUAUUCCCACCUGCGACAACAGUCCACAAACCGACUCUCAACACCAACAUGCACGCUACCCUGGAAGAUAUAUCAACGCUUCUCUCCUCCAACUCCGAUACCACUUCAGGAAGAAACUUCACUUUAUCCACCCAGCUCAUCUCUGCGCUAUUCUUUGUUUGUCUAAAGACGACAAGUCAAGACAUAUUGAAGACUGCACUUUCGCUUUUGCAGCAUUCGCAACUUCCAAGUCGAGAUGGGCUAUGGGAUGCCGGUUUGGCAGCUUUAGUCAUCAAUACCAUUCUGGAAAGACAGGAUGAUGCUGUUGAUGAGGUGAUAGAACAGAGAGUAGAGGAUAUUGGGCUCGAUAUCCUUGAUCCGGUUGAGGGUGGACUGAAUGAAGUGUUUAGAUCUUUGUGUAUUAGACAAGCUUCGUGAAUUUUAAGGCAAUAUCAAGCGAUUCAAUACAGUCCCUCUUGGGGUAUAGUAUAUGGAAACAGCAUGGUCUAUACUACCACGGCGAGGUCUUUGUUCUAGAACGUUGAGAUAACUAAUCUUCAACAAAGCUAAUGUAGAUAUCUGCAGGACAAAAUCCUAGCUAAUUGUGAG